AUGGCGCCCGGCGGCGCGGCGGCCCGUGCCGCGGCGGAGGCCCGUCGUGGCGCGGAGGGCCCGCGGCGGACCGCGGCGCGGAGGGCCUGGGGCCUAGACGACGACGGGGACGCCUGCUGCGCGGGCAUCUCCUACAGCUCGCUGCGGAUCCUCCGGCUCGGGCCCGCCGCCUGGGCGGCUGCGCCGACGCCGCCGCCGCGCGGCGGCGCCGAGCUGGGAGGCGUCGCCCUCGCGGCCUCCCUGUCGCACGAGGCGGCGUUCGGCCUGCUGCGCCGGCGGCUGGAGCUCGUGGGGCGCGGGGCCCUCCUGGCGUGGCGCGCCCACAGCUGGGCGGCUGCUCGCUCCAGGGCCUGGCUGUCGGAGCUCAAGGGGCUCUGCCGGGCGGCGGCUGGCAGGGGCGCCCUGGGCUGCCGGUGGUCCUCUGGCGAGCUGUGGGGAUGCGGCCCGGCGGGCUGGCGCGGCGCGCUGCUGCGCUGCUUCGCCGCGGGGCUGGCGGACCUGCGUUUCGCGCGCGUGGAGUGGUGGGGUGACGCAGGUUGGACCUCCAGGCCCCGCUGCUGCCCGCCGUGCGGCGCCGGGGCUGGGCCGAGGCGCAGCUUCGGCGCCCAGGGCUUCGCGGUCUGCGUGGCCGUGGCGUGGGGCGCCGCCCAGCUCGGCGCCGGGCCGCCCCGCGCGGAGAGUUGCGCCGCGCCGCUCGCCUCGGCCGCGCAGCGGGGGGCGUGCCCCGUGUGCUGGGACCGCUCGGCGCGGCGGGCGCGCCUGGAGCCGUGCGGGCACCAGCUCUGCCGGCUCUGCGCGCGGCGCCUGAAGGGCAACCGUGCCCCACCUGCGGCGCGCUGUGCGGGGGCGCCGCGAACCUGGAAUGAUGGCGCGCUGCGGGCGGCCGCUUCGCCGGCGCGCGCGGCGUCCCCGGGAGGCGAGGAGCCGCCCUGCCCCCUCGCCUGGGGCGAGCUCGGCGAGCCCCUGUACGGCCUGCGCCCGUUCCUGCGGGAGCCCGCGGCGUGA